GGGAGACCGGGCGGAGCGCAGGGAGCGCAGGGCAGCUCGGGGGCGACGCAGCAUCCCCGGCAGCGCUUGGCUGCGGGCUGGUUGAACACCGCUUCGGGCGACUUUGCAUGCGCGUGGGAAACCUUAGCUGGCUUCUGAUCUCCAGGGUCCGGUCUGGGGGCGGUUCCUGAUCUCCCAUAUUAGUGCCCGCUAACUUUGAAAAGGAGGACUUGAGUCCCACAGAGGUUGAGACGUAAGAGGUAGAGAAGGAAGAGAGGAGAGAAAACGCAGCUGAGGCCGAAGGAGAACGAACUCAUGUGGACCUCCUGAGCAGUUAAGAGGAGGACUGGACCUCUGAGAGCCGAGGCAGGACCUCGGAGGAGGUGUGGGCAAGGAGCAACGGAAGCGGUGCGGUCCGUGGGGCUGGGUCUGCCUGCACCUCGGGUCACGCCUCCUUGGCGAGAAGGCGCCUCGCCUUUGAUUGCUUCCAGUUACUGCAGAACUUCCUGCCCUGGCGGAGAAGCGGGUCUUGCUUGGGUCGUGCUUCCUCCGGGUCUGAGGCUUGAGACUGAGUUCACACGGUGCUGGGCCCCCAAAGCCAAGUGGGGUUGGGGGAACAGAGUCUGCGAGUCCUCGCCCCGAGUGCAGGGCCCCGUGCGGGGUCCUCCUUCCCAUUUGUAUCCGUAUCCUUUCGGGCUUUGCGCCUCCCCGGGGGACCCCUCGCCGGGAGACCCCUCGCCGGGAGAUGGCCGCACUGAUGCGGGGCAAGGACUCCUCCCGCUGCCUGCUCCUACUGGCCGCGGUGCUGAUGGUGGAGAGCUCACAGUUCGGCAGCUCGCGGGCCAAACUCAACUCCAUCAAGUCCUCUCUGGGCGGGGAGACGCCUGCCCAGGCCGCCAAUCGAUCUGCGGGCACUUACCAAGGACUGGCUUUCGGCGGCAGUAAGAAGGGCAAAAACCUGGGGCAGGCCUACCCUUGUAGCAGCGAUAAGGAAUGUGAAGUUGGGAGGUACUGCCACAGUCCUCACCAAGGAUCGUCGGCCUGCAUGGUGUGUCGAAGGAAAAAGAAGCGCUGCCAUAGAGAUGGCAUGUGUUGUCCUGGUACCCGCUGCAAUAAUGGCAUCUGCAUCCCAGUCACCGAGAGCAUCUUAACCCCUCAUAUCCCAGCUCUGGACAGCACUCGGCACAGAGAUCGGAACCACGGCCAUCACUCAAACCACGACCUGGGAUGGCAGAACCUGGGAAGACCUCACACUAAGCUGUCACAUAUAAAAGGACACGAAGGAGAUCCCUGUCUACGUUCAUUAGACUGCACUGAAGGGUUUUGCUGUGCUCGUCACUUCUGGACCAAAAUCUGCAAACCAGUGCUCCAUCAGGGGGAAGUCUGUACCAAGCAGCGCAAGAAGGGCUCACAUGGGCUGGAAAUCUUCCAGCGGUGUGACUGCGCAAAAGGCCUGUCUUGUAAAGUAUGGAAAGAUGCCACCUACUCCUCCAAAGCCAGACUCCACGUCUGUCAGAAAAUAUGAGGACAAGCAUCAGGAGCAGACUGUGAAUCCAUGUAUUUAAUGCAUUAUAGCAUGGUGGACAGUAGGAUUUGGAUUUCAGAAGAAGGGGUAAAAUGAGGAAUAUGAUAAGAACAUAGAUCAAAGAAAAAGGAAAUGGAAGAUCAGAAAGGGUGACAAGUGUGGUCAGUGUGUUUUCCAUCAUGCAACUUGUUUAUGUAAAUAAUGUACACAUUUGUGAAGAUGCCAUGACUCAAAAUAAAUAAAUAAAUAAAUAAAAGGCACACAGAGGGAUUACUGAUGAAUACCAUGUGACUUUCCAGGAGUUUAGGUUGUGCUGGAGGAUCAAUUUCUUUCACAGUGGUGACUGCCUAUAAAAAAUAACUAUAAAGCCUUAUUUCUAUUUAAACAAAGUACUCCCCAUAUACCCUGGCAUACAACAGGCUCUAAAACGUGAAAAGAGGAAUUGUUUAUGGGAAAUAAAAGCAUGGAGCACAGAGAAUCUGCAACGCAGAAUCACCUUUUAAUUUGGAACACUACAUCUUACUGCUCAAUUAAAGACCUUGGUAGGAAAAAAAGCAGUCAAUAUUUUCCAAAUAAUUUCAAAAUAAUCACAGGUCUUUAAGUCCUUCAGGAAAAAAAAAGAAAACAACUUUGUUUUUCCUUAAGCUGCUUGUUUAUAUUUUUGAAAAGUUUAAUUUCAGCUAUAAUUAAUAAGAACCAGUAGAAUAAGACCAAAGUAAUCCAUUCAGGUUUCUAGAUAUAAAUUGCAUCUCUUGAUUUUGCGUUAUCCCUACUCAUUUUAUUCUCCAAAUUAUACCCAUCGUGAAUAACAGAGCAGAAUUUUCAGGUUGUAAAAAUUUUAAGAUGCCCAAAGUAAAAGUUACUAGAUCAUAUUAUUCAAAGCUUUGGCAUUCCCUAUGUUAGAUAGAACUAGACAUUUACUCUCCACAUACUCUGCAGUAGAGUAAAAAUGAUAAAAGAAAUGAGAUAUAUCUGUUCUGCACUGAAGCACAGCAAGGAAAUUUUGUCAGCUGUCCAGUUUUGGCAACACAUGGAUCAUAUGUUUGAAGCACAAACUGACUUUUCAUAUGUGAAGCCCAAGGCUGCACAGCCUUCAUGGAAGUUGUCCAUGGGAUUUGCUAUCAUAAUAUUUACUAUGCAGAUGAGUUCAGUGUGAGGUAACUACUUGACCACAAAAUAUUUCUUUUAUAUUUCUGAGGUCAUAAAAUCAUCUUAUUUUGAGGAGGUCUCAUUAAAUGGACUCCAAGGCAGUUAGGAUAAUAAGGUUCCAUUUCUCUUGGUAAGCUGCUUUCUAACUGGCUGAUGGCACCAUCUGACUUUUUUCAGCAUCAACUCUUUCUGCAACAGCUGUGUUUUUUUUUUGUGUGUGGUUUUUUUUUUUUUUUUUUUUUUUUUUUUUU